AUGCAGCCGCCGCCGAGGAAGGUGAAAGUUACACAAGAACUGAAAAACGUUCAAGUUGAACAGAUGACAAAACUUCAAGCCAAACAUCAAGCAGAAUGUGACUUACUUGAAGAUAUGAGGACAUUCAGUCAGAAGAAGGCUGCUAUUGAAAGAGAGUAUGCACAGGGUAUCCAGAAGUUGGCUAGUCAAUAUCUGAAGAGAGAUUGGCCUGGAAUAAAAGCUGAUGAUCGGAAUGAUUACAGGAGCAUGUAUCCUGUUUGGAAAUCUUUUCUCGAGGGGACAAUGCAGGUAGCCCAGUCUCGGAUCAAUAUAUGUGAAAACUAUAAAAACUUCAUUUCUGAGCCUGCAAGGACAGUGAGAAGCUUAAAAGAACAGCAACUAAAAAGGUGUGUGGACCAGUUGACAAAGAUCCAAACUGAAUUACAAGAGACAGUGAAAGAUUUAGCUAAAGGCAAAAAGAAGUACUUUGAGACUGAACAGAUGGCUCAUGCAGUACGAGAGAAAGCUGACAUCGAGGCAAAAUCUAAACUUAGUCUUUUCCAAUCAAGAAUCAGUUUACAGAAGGCAAGUGUGAAGCUAAAAGCCCGGCGAUCUGAGUGUAAUUCCAAAGCUACCCACGCAAGGAAUGACUAUCUUCUUACAUUAGCAGCAGCAAAUGCACAUCAGGAUCGCUACUAUCAGACAGACUUAGUUAACAUUAUGAAGGCUCUUGAUGGAAAUGUGUAUGAUCACCUGAAGGAUUACUUAAUCGCCUUUAGCCGGACUGAGCUAGAAGCAUGUCAAGCUGUGCAGAACACAUUCCAGUUUUUAUUAGAAACCUCUAGCAAGGUGGUACGGGACUAUAAUUUUCAGCUGUUUCUACAAGAGAAUGCUGUUUUUCACAAACCCCAGCCCUUCCAGUUCCAGCCUUGUGACAGCGAUACUAGCCGAAAAUUAGAAUCAGAAACUGGCACCACAGAGGAGCACAGUCUGAACAAGGAGGCUCGGAAAUGGGCCACACGUGUGGCACGUGAGCACAAGAACAUUGUUCACCAACAGCGAGUUCUAGAUGAUCUGGAAUGUCAUGGAGCUCCAGCAUCAGAACAAAGCCGAGUAGAGCUGGAACAAAAAAUAGAUGAAGCUAAAGAAAAUAUUCGUAAAGCAGAGAUAAUUAAGCUAAAAGCUGAAGCCCGGCUGGACCUGCUGAAGCAGAUCGGUAUUUCCGUGGACACGUGGCUGAAGAGUGCAAUGAACCAAGUAAUGGAAGAACUGGAAAACGAGCGAUGGGCCCGCCUGCCUGCAGUGACCAAUAACGGCACUUUACACUCGCUUAAUGCAGAUACUGAAAGAGAAGAAGAAGAGUUUGAAGACAACAUGGAUGUUUUUGAUGACAGCAGUUCCAGUCCUUCUGGCACCUUAAGAAAUUAUCCACUCACCUGCAAAGUUGUUUAUUCGUACAAGGCUUCUCAACCAGAUGAGUUGACCAUUGAGGAGCAUGAGGUGUUAGAAGUGAUUGAAGAUGGAGAUAUGGAAGACUGGGUAAAGGCUCGAAACAAAGUUGGUCAAGUGGGGUAUGUGCCAGAAAAGUACCUCCAGUUUCCCACCUCCAACAGCCUCCUGAGCAUGCUGCAGUCCCUGGCUGCCCUGGACAGUCGGUCACACACCUCCAGCAAUUCCACGGAGGCCGAGCUCGUUUCAGGCAGCCUCAACGGAGACGCCAGUGUCUGUUUCGUGAAAGCACUUUAUGACUAUGAGGGCCAGACAGACGACGAAUUAUCUUUUCCUGAGGGAGCAAUUAUCCGAAUCUUGAACAAAGAAAACCAAGAUGACGAUGGCUUCUGGGAAGGAGAAUUCAACGGGCGGAUUGGAGUUUUCCCAUCGGUGCUAGUGGAAGAACUUUCAGCCUCAGAAAAUGGUGACGCUCCAGGGAUGAGAGAGAUUCAGAUCUCUCCAUCCCUCAAGCCGCCUGGCUCCCUGCCACCUCUGCCGCUGUAUGACCAGCCUCCCAGCAGCCCCUACCCCAGCCCGGACAAGAGGAGCUCCCAGUACUUCCCCCGCUCCCCUUCAGCAAAUGAAAAUAGUGUCCAUGCUGAAUCGCCGGGCUUCUCACAGGCACCAAGGCAAACUCCUGAGACCUCAUAUGGCAAGCUACGACCUGUCCGGGCAGCUCCCCCUCCGCCUACACAGAACCACCGAAGGCCAGCAGAGAAGAUGGAGGAUGUGGAAAUCACACUGGUGUGA